GCUGUCAACGAGCAUCCUGCAAUAUAAAGCAGGAUGCACUACAGGCUGAUGUUUUUAUAUGUUCACCAGUCAGAUGUCGUUGAUUUUAAAGGGUAAUUGUCGUACUCUAGUCGAUUCUAGGUCAGGUUUACGGACCGGGUUUUCUAAGAUGAGCUCCACCGUGGUUUGGGAUGCGCAGUGGGCUCUGUAGCCGCUGCUGACUGGGACUGCUGCAGUGUAAACAAGACUCUGCGAGGCUGCAGCGCCGCCGUCUGUGGGCGAAAACACAACGACACAGUACCAUUGGCAGCCUAGUUCACUUCUCAGUUUAAACGAGAACAGUUGUAUGAAGAAUCCUAAAUGGGUUUGUUAGUGCGCAGUAAGUUUUUAUGCAGCAGUGGAUGUCUUUGUUUCAUUUAAUUCGACUUGAUAUGUAGGCUACCUCGCGACGCUUAUUUAUUCAGAUGGACUUCACACCCAAAGAAGUAUCGGGAAAUGACUGACAACCAGGAAACCCCAGAUGCUGAGGAUAGUAGUCCGUCCGGGGGCGCGACCUUGCCGCUCCGGCCGCCAAGCGAGCGCCUCUCAUGCCCCAAGAGCAGCGUCUGCUCUCGCUCCUACUUUGUUGUAGUGAUGGUGUUUUUUCACGUCUACAUCAUUAAUGUUAUUGUGCUGCUAUUCUACGUGCAUUACAGCAGCGGACAGGAAGAUGCCAACCGGAGUCGUGAUGCUCCCCGCCGUGACCAACAGCGCACUGAGUCGGGACGUCCGCCAUCAAAGCCCGACUUUCUGCGCGAUGUUUCUCUGACAAGAGUCGAGGGAAUACGGGUGGGACAUGUGCAGAAGGUGUCACUGGUGCCAGGCAAAGUGCACGAGAUGCGGACUCUGAGUAUGAAACCUCUGCUGUUUGAGAUCCCUAAUUUUUUGUCUGAGGAUGAGUGCCGUGUUGUGAUGCAGCUUGCACAGCUUAAAGGUCUCAUGGAGAGCCAGCUGAUGGUGCAAGAGGGGCAGGAAGAGCUGGCCAAAGAGCUCAACUUGAGCCCAGAGGAGAUCUUCAACCUUCUGGAUAUCAACCAGGACGGACAGUUGCAGCUCCAUGAGAUACUGACUCAUUCUAGAGUGAGGGACGGCAUCUGGCUCACACCAGAGAAUCUGCGAGAAAUCUACGCUGGACUCAAAGCUGACAAGGAUGGUAACGGUUUGCUGAGUCUAGAGGAGUUCACACUUCUGAGCAGUGAUGCCUUCCAGCGCUUCCUGAUGCAGCAGGGCGUGAAAAGGAGUCAGCUGGUUAGGAACAGCAGACACACAUGGCUGUACCAGGGCAAGGAAGCACACCAGGUCCUCCAGGACAUCAAGACCAGGGUAACUCGCCUCACUCGGCUCCCACCGUCAUUGGUGGACCUUAGUGAGCCUCUUCAGGUGGUUCGCUAUGAGGAAGGAGGACACUACCACGCCCACCAUGACAGUGGACCUGUGUAUCCUGAAACCGCCUGCACACACACACGGCUCGCUGCAAACACCUCCACCCCUUUUGAGACUUCCUGCCGGUACAUCACAGUUCUCUUCUACCUGAACUCUGUUGAGGGGGGUGGGGAGACCGCAUUCCCUGUGGCAGACAACAGGACCUAUGAUGAAGUGGCUCUCAUACAGAACGACAUUGAUCUCAUGGACACCAGAAGGAAUUGUGACAAAAGUAAUCUGAGGGUGAAGCCUACAAAAGGGACAGCUGUUUUCUGGUACAACUAUCUCUCUGAUGGAAGAGGUUGGGUAGGAGAACAGGACGAAUAUGCGUUGCAUGGAGGCUGUGUGGUGACACAUGGCACCAAGUGGGUCGCCAAUAAAUGGAUCAACAUUGAUCCAGAUUACCAGCGGCAGGCUCGCUACCAGCAGCUGGUUUCCCAGCAGCCAGAGGACGACGAUGACGAGGGUCUGACCCUGAACCCGGAAACACAGAGUUCUGAUGUUCAUCAAGACUUGUAGCUUUUAAACCAAAUUUAUAUUUAUAGAAAAAUAAAUUCUACCUAGCCUUCUUCAGUCCUGUGCACAAAUUUUUCACACACCCCCUGUGGCCAGUAUGUAGAGACAAGAUUUAUUCAGGGAACGAGGUCACAGGGGCUUUAUGCAACUGUAAAAAGAUGCUGUUGUUAAAUGUUGCUUGGAUAUUUUUAUCCUGUUCACUUUUUCAUUAGUCUGCUAAUUAUAAUAAUUUCCCAUCAAAGGAAUGUUGCACUAGAAACUCAUUUAAAGCAACAAUAUGUAGGUAUUUGGUUUGGUUCGCUGUGAGGCCCAGAGGAGCGUAAAUGCACUGUCAUAAGACUCACAUAGUGCACAGUGCUGUUAGCCUCCCCUCUUUGACAACGUGCAUUUGUGAACAAGCAGAUGAAGUGAGGCCGGCAAAGACGUUGCAAGAAGCUAAACAACCAUGUGGACUAGGUAGGUUAAGGUGGUAAUGUCAAUUUAAAAGGUAUUAUAUUUAAGUAAUAUUACCAGAUUUUGUGCUAUUGAAUCAACCUUUGAUACAGCUAUUUAAAGGUGGAAAAGUUACAUAUUGUUGCUUUAAGAAGUCGAGACAAAAUCAAUCCUUUGCAUGCAUUAGCGUUUGCUGUUGCUUUGAGCAAAAAUUGCACUUGAAUAUGGAAGUGGCUGCUGUAAACAUGUCAAUGUCCUUCCUUGUUGUUGCUACAAUGACCAAAAAAAGGCUCACACACUGUCAGUGUGAUGCAUGUUGCCUUGUCUUUUUUCCUUGAAUUUAUUCAGAUUUUCUGCCAGAUUAUUUUUUAGAAGGGUGAUAUUUGAAUGUUUCAUUUGAUUUAUUGAAUUAUGUAUUUUUUCCCCUAAGCUGCACUGUAUCACUCUCCCACACGGAAUAAAAGUUUAAAUCAG